AAUUUUAACGUAAUACUUAGUUAAUUGUUCGGACGUAGAAAGUUGCGCGAGCAAGUAGCUGAUAACCAUAAUGACCUUUGACUCCUUUUCUUAAUUCAGUAGCCCAUAGUUAGUUCAGCAGUAACGACAAGAUAUUUACGCCAUGUUUUUUAUAAUACGCACGUUAUUAUUAUUUAGUUUUAUAUUACAAGUUGUACCCAACGACUUAAACAUAACACAAUUAGGACAAAUAAAAAUUUCUCAAUAUGUCCGCAACAUUGUUGAACACUACAAACAAAAAGAUCCAGUUGGACUGCCAAUUCAAGAAAUUCCUGAUCCAUUGACUGUUGAUGAAAUGGUAACAUCUUUACCAUCAGUUGAAAAGCUUCUUUUAAAACAAAUUAAAAUUCAUGGUUUAUCAAAAUUUAAAGUCGAUAAGGUUAUUAUAGAUGUGUCGAAAAUGCGAGCUAAUUUAGCUAUAAGUGUUGAUUUAGUGAAUAUGUACGGGAGUUACUCCAUGACAAGUUUAUUUAGCAGUAGUAAUGGACCGUUUACAAUCCAAGCAACGGGGGUUAAAGCAACCGCUGGUGCGCGAUUAGAAGUAAAUGAGGAAGGAGUAUUGGAGGCACAAGAAAUUACCAUGGAUUUUGGAUUUAAAGGAGUCGACAUAAAAUUUCACAACACCGGAAUUUUCUUUGGGUUCGUUCAACAAGUUGUAAACAGCAUGCCGCAUGCUAUUUUUGAAUCAGCAAAACCUCACAUUUCUUCUCAAUUUCAAACGGUUGUUAGAGCGGAAGUGAAUAAACAAACUAAAAAUAUGCCGAUUAAAUUUCCAAAUUCAAUAUCUCCUAUUGAUCAAGUUAUUGCUGAAAUACGGCGCGCGUUGAGAGAUCGCGGGUGUGAUCCUUUUAAAGUUAAUAAUUACAAUCAAACAAUUGGUUUGAUGGCCGUACAAAUGAUGGAAACGUGGAUAACAGGAAUCACGUCCAUUCACAGAGUUGGAAACAUCAAUGUUCAAAUGCAAAAUAAUACCAUUUAUGUUAAUUUUCAAAUAGGAACCCAAAAAGUUCAAGGUUCUAGUCACUGGGAUGUGGGAUUUAUUGGAGGAAUUCUUGGAAGAACAGGAACAAUUGUGUUCACCAUAGAUUAUAUUAAAAUUGAAUUAGGGAUGAAACAAUCAAUGGACACAAGAAACAAACCGGAAUUAAAAGAUUUAGAAAUUGAGCUUGGAAAUAUUCAGGUACGAUUCGAUGGAGCGGGAACGUUUGAUUACCUCAUUGAAUUCGGAGUAAACAUUUUACCAAAUAUAUUACGAUAUCAAAUCAUGGACGCUUUAGAAGGCCCAAUUAAAACCAGGGUGCAAGAACAACUCAAUAUGAUCGAUGUCGAAAAAGUUUUAAUCGAGAAUGCUGAAAAAUUCGAUAAUGGAGAUUUUAACGAGCUCAUUACGGAAGCUGGGUCAAGCAAUGUUUGUCCAUUAUCGAAAAUAGGCCUAUAAUUUAAAGUUGUUUAAUUAGUUUAAUAAACUAUAUCGAAUUAUAUAAUAGUAA